AACAGACUUUCAGAGUCCGAAAAGCUGAGAUGGACGAGGCCUCAUCGUCGACGCCCAAGAGCGACGCAAAGCAGCUGAAAACGACGACGGCCGGAGGGUUGUUCUCACUGUUAAACGACGACCUCCUCCACGACAUCCUCGCCCGCCUUCCGGCUCCUUCCUUCGCCUCAGCCGCGUGCGUCAGCAAAUCCUGGAGCCGAACGUGCACUCUCAUCCUCUCUCGCCCCAAACUCGCCUCCGCCCUCUCUCUCAAUCCCAGCCUCCAGGUUGCUUGGGAAGAGGUCACACAGAAGGUUCUGGCCGAGCCGAUCAGGCCUCAUUUCAUCAUAGCUAAUGUCGGAAGUGGGUUUCGCUUGGUUGAUGUUAACAAGCUUGUAAAGGAGAGAUUUGGGUCCAGAGCUCCGUUUGUUGUUUCUACUGCAAAUGGGAUUCUUGGAAGAGAUGUUGUUACCUGUGAAAUCAAAGAGGUACAGUGGGACAGUGUUUCUAGUGAUGUGAGUGAUGAUGAUGCCUCCGUACCUGCAGAGGAUGGGAGCUACGGCAUUGUUUUGACUGUCGGCUUUGUGCCGGGUUUGAAAGUUGAUGCUAUCCCGCUGUUAUCGACAAGUGUAAAGGAAUGUCAAGAGGUCUUUAUCGAUAAGUUUGUCAUGGAUAUUAAGGAUUACACAGCUUCUGUUUCAGAUUGCACAGCCCCAGUAGGGAUUAUAAUGUUUGGAGAUGGGUAUACUAAUAUGAGACCAGUAGUUGAUGCAUUGGAUUAUGUUAUGCCCGAGGAAACUGUCAUCGUGGGUGACGAGAAGGGUCGGUUUUUGUAUAGAAGUGAGAAUGAGUCUAGAAAUGUCUGUGGGACUGCAACAUCCUUUUCAGUUGCUGUUGCUCUUAUAUUUGCCAGGGACAGACAAAACUCCUGUGGUAUAGGGGAUAUUCAAUUCCAAAUUGCAUUGUCAGAAGGUGUGUCAACAGUAGGUCCCAAACACAAGGCUGUCUCUGUUAGAGCUAGCGCCUCUGAUUCUACUUGGCUCACUGCUAGAAGAGAAGGACACCGCGAGAUUCUUGAUGGUCAACGAAUUCUGAAUGAUAUUAACGAUGAGUUAGAAAAUCACACGGAUUCUUCUGAUCUGUACAUUGGGGUUAAAAAACGAAGAAGUAUCUCCACAGGGCCAAAGACGCGUAGGCUAGUUACUUCCCUGGACUUCCAUGGAGUUAUAGGUGGAGACGAAUCGUACCUUUAUGUCAAUGAUGUUGGCAUCAAAACUGGUGAUUACUUCCAUUUCUAUCGCCCAGAUCCCCAAACUGCCUUAUCCUCGUGUACAAAUCUCUCUGUAAGCCUGAAAAACUUGAAGAUAGAUGAAAAUUCAAAAGAUUGCUGUAACCUAGGUGAAGUAUUUGGGGGUUUCAUCUUCGCUUGUUGUGGCCGCGGUGAGUCAUUCUUUGAACGUGUGAAUGUGGAUAGCUCGCCUUUUGUUGAAAACUUCCCUCGGGCUCCAUUGGGAGGAAUAUUUUGUGGGGGCGAAAUUGGACGUGGCUCUUCAAUGUUUACCAGGGGAGCUCAGAAGGAUUGCAAAUGCAAUCUGCAUGUCUAUAGUACUAUUUAUCUUGUGUUGUCAUGUACUCCAGCAGCAUUAGAUCAUUAGAUGUUGCCUGCUGUAAAGCACCUCCUCAAUAUAGAUGGGAUGUAUUGUUGGUUUAUGCUCCAGUUAUUUCCCAUUUAAGAGAACAGAUUUCAAUUUCUUUUCCGUUAGUAGAACAGAUUCUGUUUGUAAAAUUUGGUUACACAAUUGCUGCUCAAUGAACAGCCAAUAUGGCUCCGAAUUUAGUUUC